GUGUGUCAAAAAUGUCAACAUUAUUUUAUUGUUCGAUCUUUAGCGUGUUAUGGAUGGUAACUCGAAUAGAAUGUUACGAUAAUUUUAUAGAAGAAAAUGUCACAUUAACUAUCGAACAAGGAACAUUAUUUGGGAAAAAAUCAUUAGAUUAUUGGAAUGGAACAUUUUAUAGCUUUGAAGGAAUACCAUAUGCAAAACCACCAAUUGGCGAACUGCGAUUUAAAUCACCAAAACUAGCUGCAAAAUGGUCGGGUAUUUAUGAUGCCACAAAACUUAGACCUGUUUGUCCGCAAAUUGUAUUUUCUUCUAUUGUGGGAAUGGAACAGAAUGAAGAUUGUUUAUUUGUAAAUGUUCAUUCCAAAAUGUCAAUAGAAUUAAAGCCUGUAAUGGUGUGGUUUUUUGAAGGUAGGCUUCAACAAGGUAGUAUAUUUGAAUCUCGAUAUGGUCCUGAAUUACUUUUAUCAGAAGAUAUAGUUUUGGUUAAAGUAUCAUUCCGCUUAAAUAUUUUUGGCUUUUUAAAGGAUGAUCCUAUGUAUGGUGUUCAUGGUAACAUGGGUUUCAAGGAUCAAGUUUUAGCAUUAAAAUGGAUCCAAAGAAAUAUUCACUACUUUGGGGGAGAUCGUGAUCUAGUUACAAUUUUUGGAGAAGGUGCAGGUGGUACUUCUGUUAGUUUAUUAUGUUUAUCGCCAUUAACCAAGGGAUUAUUCCAUAGAGCUAUUAUACAAAGUGGUUCACCAGAAUCUGUUUGGUUAGAUACACCAAAAAAAUAUUCGCAUAUAACUAUACCUAAAAUGUUGCAUCAAAACAUAAAUUGUAGCAACGCCGUUAAGUGUAUUAAUGAAAGUACUACAGAAAGUGUUAUAAGCGACGUAAAGCAAUUAGAUCAAAUGAAGUCUAUCGAUAAGAUUUUUAACAUAACUCAUAUUCCAUCUAGUGUUCUUACAAUCGAACAAAACUGCCCUAAUAGCUUUUUAUCAGAAGAACCAGAAAAAAUUUUGAAAAGUGGUAACUUUACUAAAGUUCCAAUUAUAAUGGGUUUUACCAGUGAUGAAGGUGCAUGUUCCCAAGAAAACUAUUUUGUCCCACGGAAUUUCACAGAUAGUAGACUUCUUAUUCCCAAAGAUAUUAAUAUAGGUAUAGAAUCUGAAGCUGCUUUUGAUUUAGGAAACAAAAUUAAAGAAGUAUAUUAUGGAAAUCAAACACCAUCGAACCAGCUAAUUGAUCCGUUCAUAGAGUACUUAACUGAUUUGAAGUAUUUGACCAAAAUUUAUAAAUAUGCAAAAUUAUUUUCGGAAAGUACGCCAGUGUAUUUCUAUGAAUUCAAUUACUACACAAAAUUAAAUCAAUACUCGUCACCAAAAUAUAUAAGUCAUGGAUUUGAUCUACCUUAUUUAUUUUUUAACAAAUGUGUAAUGCCAGAAAAUAUGGACAACAGUUCUGAAGAAUACAUAGCAAUUCAUCGUAUGCUUAAAUUAUGGACUACAUUUGCAAAAACUGGAAAUCCUAAUCCAGUAAAUGAUCCAUUAUUGAAUGUGAAAUGGUUACCAAUUGAAUCAAAUAAAUUUAAUUAUUUGAAAAUAUCACAAAAUUUAGAAAUGAAACAAAAUCCAGCUGAAAAUCGUAUGAAAUUUUGGGAGCAAAUAUAUAAACAAUAUGGUAUAAGAAAUAGGUAUAUAAGAUCUAUACGCCGUGUGAAUCGACGAGCGAUAUGUAUUAACCCUUGGGAAAGGAGUUAUGAGCAAUAAGUAAAUGACUAAAAAUAUAAUUUUUUAAUAAUAUAGCAGCUAACAAACUUAUUAUUAGCCUUAAAAACUAUUAAAGUCGAUAAUUUAGUGUAAUAACGUGUAAACGUUUUGACAGAGAAUGGCUAGGCACUAUUGGCAUAACAGGAGAGACUCCAGCAUAAUUUUAUAAAAUCACUACUUACGGGAAAGCGAGCGUACAAUGUUUUGGGUUCGUGCUUGCUUUUAAGAUGCUUGAAUAUAGAAAUAAUUUUAAAUAUUUACGUGAUAAUUUUAAAUAUUUAUAAUUUUUAAACAGGUAUUCAUUUUUAAAUUGUAUUUUACUAAUGUCUUUUUGUAGAAUGUUUGAAGAAUUGAUUUAUGUCAAUAAAUAUUUAAUAAUUAUAAUAA